UUUCCGCUUCCUGCACACCCACUAACCCUCCGCACUGUCUCGCGCGAGCCUCCCAGUAACACACACAUCCGCUUGUUUCGCUGCGUGAAUCCCGCGGAUUGCGGGGCUCCGCUCGCCCUGCAGGACCCGCGUUUGGAUCAGAACCCCGGCCCGGGUGUGCAGCGGCUCGGCCGUCAGAGCAGAGCAGCAUGUCGGAGCGCGGAGGAGCUGCUGGAGGAGGAGGAGGGCUGCCGAGGAGCGGAGGCGCUCCGUGUCCGUCUCCACAGCCCUCCAAGCCGGUGGCGAUCACCUCCAACCGGCCGGUGCACAUGAACCUGUUCGCCACCUGGGAGGUGGACCGCUCCUCUCCGAGCUGCGUGCCCAGGCUCUUUAAUCUGACGCUGAAGAAGCUGGUCAUGCUGAAGGAGCUGGAUAAAGAUUUGACGUCCGUGGUCAUCGCUGUUAAGCUGCAGGGCUCGAAGCGAAUUCUCCGCUCCAAUGAGAUCUUAUUGUCUUCAGCUGGACUGACAGAAACAGACUUACAGCUCACGUUCUCUCUGCAGUAUCCUCACUUUCUGAAGCGUGAUGCCAACAAACUCCAGAUCAUGCUGCAGAGGAGGAAGCGCUACAAGAACCGCACCAUCCUGGGCUACAAGACUCUGGCACUGGGACUCAUCAAUAUGGCCGAGGUGAUGCAGCACCCUACAGAAGGAGCUCAGGUUCUGGGUUUACACAGCCAGCUGAAGGACGCGUCGGUGCCUGUGGCCGAGGUGCGAGUUUACUCUCUCUCCAGCCAACCCAUCGACCACGAGGGACCCAAAGCCAAGAUGAACGAUCGUUCUCCAGACAUCGACAACUACUCCGAGGAGGAGGAAGAGAGUUACUCAUCAGAGCAGGAGGGGAGCGAUGACCCUGUUCAUGGACAGUAUCUGUAUGAUGACGAUGAUGAGGUGAGAAAGAAGAAACCUCGACGUAAACUCACAUCUGGGGCUGCCAUCACUCGACAACCCAACAUCAAGCAGAAGUUUGUGGCCCUGCUGAAGAGGUUUAAAGUGUCAGAUGAGGUCAGUUUCGGAUUGGAGCACGUCUCACAAGAGCAGAUCCAGGAGGUGGAGGAGGACCUGGACGAGCUCUAUGACAGCCUGGAGAUGUACAACCCGAGUGACAGCGGUCCAGAGAUGGAGGAGACGGACAGCAUCCUGAGCACGCCCAAACCCAAACUCAGGCCGUUCUUCGAGGGAAUGUCGCAGUCCAGCUCUCAGACGGAAAUCGGCAGCCUGAACAGCAAAGGGAGUCUGACCAGAGACCCUUUCAGCCCGCAGGGGGAGCAGCCUCCCUCAGACAAGCUCAAACACUCACGCAGCCGCAACCUGGACGAGACGACGACCGAACCGGACAUCUCAGAGGUGAAUGAUCAGGAGCUGUUCCCAGAAAUGGCACCAUCCAUUAUGGUGUCCGUGGCCGAGAAACCACGUACACCACUGAAGACCAGCAAGAGCGAGGGGCAAACCAUGCCUUCUCCUAGGUUGGAUGGGACACACACACCCCGGCAGAAACGCAACACUCCAAUGAAAGAGCGGCAGCUCUCUAAACCACUGAGUGAACGAACCAACAGCUCAGACAGCGAGAGGUCACCUGAACUAGGACACAGUACACAGGUCCUCAGGAAAGCUGUGUAUGAUCAGUUGAAUCAGAUUUUGUUGUCUGAUACAGCAUUACCCGAGAGCCUCAUCCUCGUUAAUGGCAUCGACUGGCAAGGCCAGUAUGUAGCAGAGCAGUUACAGGUUCAGAAGCACCCAGUAGUGUGUACAUGUUCAUCAGCAGAGAUUCAGGCCGUUCUCUCGGCUGUACUGACGCGCAUCCAGAAGUUCUGUAACUGUAACUCGUCCAUGCCGCGGCCCGUGAAGGUGGCAGUAGUCGGAGCUCAGAGUUACCUGGGUGCCAUCCUGCAGUUCUUCGUCAGUCAGCUGGCCAAUAAGACGUCUGAUUGGCUGAACCACAUGCGCUUCCUGGUUGUUCCUCUGGGUUCCCACCCCGUUGCUAAGCACCUGGGUGCCCUUGACAACCGCUACAGUUCAGUUUUCCUAGAUGGAGCAUGGAGAGAGCUGUUCAGUCGCUCAGAACCUCCACAAUCAGACAUGAUGGAUGUAGCAGGUCAUAUCACUCAGUACAUCAGUGGAGCGUCUCUCACCCAUCAGCUCCCCAUCGCCGAGGCCAUGCUGACCUGCAAACACAGGACGCGCGAGGAGGAUUCCUAUCAGAAGUUUAUCCCGUUUAUAGGCGUUGUGAAGGUGGGGCUGAUUGAGCCGGGUCAGUCGUCUACAGGUGAUGCUGAAGAGGGCGUGUCUGUCAAUUUGGCCGUCCCCUCGACGUCUCCGCCCAGUCACGGCUCUCCCUCCAGUCUUAAAGAGACGGCCACACCCCCUUCGUCACCUUCUAUGGGUGCUGUUUUAACCGUACAGGGGAGCCCCAGCAUGUCUCACGGCGUGGACGCUAUCGGUCUGCAGGUGGACUACUGGCUGGCGUCUCUGGCUGAGAAGCGGCGUGAGAGCGAGAGGAGAGACACGGGCUGUAAGAACACUCUGAAGAGUGCGUUCAGGUCCCUGCAGGUCAGCCGUCUGCCUGGAGCCAGUGCCGGCGAACCCCACGCGCCCGUCAACACCAUGUCCAUGACCGUGGUCACCAAAGAGAAGAACAAGAAAGUGCCAACCAUUUUCCUGGGGAAGAAGCCGAAAGAGAAGGAAGUGGACUCUAAGAGUCAGGUGAUCGAAGGCAUCAGUCGACUCAUCUGCUCAGCCAAGCAGCAGCAGACCAUCCUGAAGGUGUCCAUUGAUGGUGUGGAAUGGAACGAUGUGAAGUUCUUCCAGCUGGCAGCUCAGUGGCCGACGCAUGUGAAGUACCUCCCAGUCGGACUGUUCGGUUACAGCAAGCCUCCGUCCUAGGAACCGCCCACUCACACUCUAGCUCCGCCCCUUCGCCCCAUUGCAGCAGUCACCCCAUUGCACCCGGCUGUAGCAGGGCUGUAGGAGGGAACCUGCCUAAAUGUUCAUAUCCUUUCAGAGAGCUGGCGUGUGGGACGUGUGGGCGUGGCUCAGACGGACUUUACAUGGCGCUAGUCACUUUUAUUUCCAAGAAGGUCCUCAAGCACCAGUAGUGUGGGACAAGCACAAAAUGGCAGAAGCCUUCAGUCUACCGCCAAUCAUAUACCUGUUACAGAGCAUGAGGAAAAUCAAGAAAUCCAAAAUAUUACCCUUUGACCUAAACGAUCGGCUCCAAUUUCAGAGUUUGAACAGAACCAGCAAACGGUGUUGACCUCUGACCUGCAUGUUUUAAACUACUGCACCCCCAAUCCACUAGGAACAUUAGUGUUAUUAUGCAACUUGUGUACCUGUGCAUGUGUUAAGGUGUGUGAGCCGUGCAGCUACAGUUAUCCACCUGAAGCUAUGCCGUUUUCUCAUCAGUUCAGGCGCGAGGCUUAGGAUUAGCAGUGAAGUGGUCGCUGUGUUCAUGGACUCUGAGUUUUCACUGAUUUUGUACAUAUGUUAGGCUUUUCGUCUUCGCUUUCCGUUAAUUUGAGUAAUUACAAAAGUGGCCUUUUUAGAACAUGUAGCUCAGUUAAGGGUUUUAUUUCUUUUUUUUUUUUUCCUCUCUCUCUCCUUUGAGCCAUUUCUCCAAAGAUCACACUGGCCAAUGCGAAUGUAAACCGUCACGUAAACCUGACCGAAUGUAAAAGGGUCAUAAAGUCAGCAUGGUUACCACGGCACUGACCAGCAUUUCAUUUAUCCCUGUAAAUGCUACGUCAUGAGGGGGAACUGCACUCCUACGGUGUCACACGUCUCAUAUGGGAUUCAUGAUUAAUUUCCAGCUUGCUUGAAACUGUCCGUCUGUCAGCCAGCGCUGUUCUCGCGAGCAUCUUCAGCAGAAUUUUGCCACUUUUUCGACGGGCUGGAUCCCUGGUGGUUGUUGAAAGCUAUGCACUUCCAUUAAACCGCUCACAUGACACACACAUUCACUUGUGAAGCACAACGUUGGAGGUGAGCUGACCCCUUUAAAGCAAACGGUGAAUGAGCGUGAUCAUUGCCAGUUAGCAUGCUGUCACUGCUGGGGUAUAUUACUCAUUUCAAGGGAUAUCACACACACACACCAUGUGAUUCUUCAUCAUGAACAUUUACAGGGUUUCAUUUGAAAGUAGAAGCAAAGGCUAGAAGUGAACAAGUGAUCACAUGACGGUAUGUUAGUUACGGUUUAUGAAAUUGCUCUCGUCUUAAAUCUCCAAAAUGUUUGACCACGGGAGCAGAGAGUUGAUUAGUUUAUUAUUUAAAGGUGCAAUAGUGAAGAUUGUUCAUGUCUUACCAGUAAAAAUAAUGCGCAAUAAUAAGCCAUUGUUUCAGAACAAGUGUAUUUUAUUGUCCUCUUGUCAGUCAUUUUAUAGCCACGCCCCCAGCACCCUUUCACAUCCUCUUAUUCUCCUCGUUAAUGAGUGUAAGCUUUCAAGCAUUUGAAUAUCUGAACGCGCUUGAAAGUAAAGGCGUGAUGGUUCUUGCUCAUGCUAUCUAGUUCAACUGUUGUAACAUUUGGGGCGGAGCUUUGCAUACAUGGGUAGGAAUGAAGGAGGGCUCAAUAAGUUAAAAAAAACCUAAAAAAUAAAACAACCCCCUGACAUUUCAAUCAUAUUCAGUUAUGCUUAUUUCGAGACCUGUUUUCCACCAAGCUUACCUCAUGCACCUUUAAAUAUAAAUUAGCACUUGCUAAUUUCGGUCUCAGGAUGCUGGAUAUCUCCAAAACAGGGAGGCUGAUUGGGUCGUGAAAUUGGUGCGCUGAGUCCUUUACGCAUUGCUCAGGAAUCAACGUCAAUAACAAGCUGGAUUUACACUGUGCAAGUUUGGCUGUUGCAGACAAAAAUCACAUUGUACAUCGUAAAAUAAUUCUUUGAACCAGAGCUGAGAUCAGCAGACUUGGGACGUUUCAAGGCAUGUGCAACUGUGACCAGAGAAAGAAGCUUCCAGUGGUUGUGUAAAACUCGCGGGAUGGCUACAGAUGUUUUUGAGCACGCAGUCUGCUGUAAAGCGAACGGACAGGAAAAUAUCCCUAUUAUUAUAAAGACGCUUUGGAAAAUGGACAGUCCAUCUUGUCCUCCAUUUCUCCCCAGUUCCCUCCAUCCCACGUCAAAUACCAACCAGGGAUUGUAAAGGCGAACACCAUGCUUCCUCCGAGACACGUAAAACCAGCCAGUCCUGCUUUUUUUUUUUUAAACUGCUGCUCUCGCUGCAUCACAUGGCAGUGUAACACCAUCAGAGGAAAACGUUAUCCACGGUCUUCCUCAUACACACGCUCUCUCCUACGCAGAUACGGUAACACAUCCCAAUUUUGGUCUUGGACUUCAAAACGUGUUUUCUCCUGACCUAGGUUUCUCCACAAGCCCAGAUUGUGCCGUUAACAGAAGCGGAAUGUUGUCGUUUUCUUUAAUUAUAGGUUGGCCAUUAGAGAAUCUUAGGGAACAUAUAAUCCUACAGCCUGUUACAGAAUUCAGCCAAGAUUUUAUUGGGAACAUCUCGUACAAUGUGAUGAGCAGCAAUCUUAAGACAGCUGAAAUCAGCGUAAAGCACAGUUCCACGACUCUCUUUUAAUGAGAACUAGGAACUGUUUCAGAACUACUCAGUUCCUGGAUGAGUUCCUCAACUGCAUUGGCGUAAGAUAAAUCCAGGUUAGUUUUCUGUGUGGGGAGGAGGGGUUCUGGAUAUUCUCCAGAGUAACUUGUGAUAUUCAGUGCGACAAACCCCAGUUUCUGCUUUCAAAAAAAAAAAGGUUCCUGGAAGUACAGCAUCAGGAUGAGAACAUCACUACAGCUUGCUGAAUUGAGCCAAUACACAUAUUUCUUUUUCUGAUAAGGAAAUGACCACUUGUGUUUACUUGAAGCUACACUCCCUGGUUUCCGUGAUGUUCUCCAUGAUCCAGAAUCACAUGCGACACAGUGUGGAUCAAACCCAGGAGCCGUCGUUAUCAGUCUUAAACAUACGAGUCUGAAAUCCUGGAGCUCCAGUCUCCCUUUACCUGCUAAGCUGCUGCAGGGUUCUCAUAACAUGCAGCUUCUGUAGAAGUGAUGGUCUACUUUUGUUUAGAACGUGUGUGAUGUGUACGUGUUGGUGUUCAAGUGAUGAUGAUUUUAGUCUGUGAAAUGUUCUGAACUUUGAAAUAACGUUGUGCUACAGUAAGAGUGAUGAGUCUUGGUGUGUGUGUGUGUGUGUACGUGGUCGCUGAGCAGAUUUGUGGUGUAAAUUUUUAACAGUACGUCGACUCCUGCAUCGUGACGCAAGAUCACCCGAGAGACGUUGGCCGAUGCCGGAGAAAUUACAAGGCGUUUCAUAAGGAGCAUGAACGCAAAAAAUGAUGACUUCUCAGACUAAAGCUCUGCAGACGCUACACUCAGUAGCGUAAAAGAUGACCAGAAAAUAAUGUGUAUAGUUGUAUUGUAAAGGAAUUUUUUUCUGUGUCAUGACAUCGCAUUCUAACGCAACUCAUUUCAGUCUGAUACCAAGUCCAACCCAGGUGUGGUAAAAGUAUUACACGCUCGUGUUACAGUUCAGACGGGUCAGUAUUUUCUGGAGUGGAUGUUAAGCAAUAGUAUUUUCUAUCGUGUUUUUUUUUUUCUUUUUUUCCAUUGGAAUGCAUUGCUGAGUAAAUUAAUAUAAAGUCGUGCUUUUAUAUUAAGGUUCCCUUAAUAGCAUGAACUACAGCAGCGAUUCGUCUCGCACGAUAGUUUUGUUGACUUUCUGAUUCUGUACGUUUCUAUUAGCAAGUCCUUCACAGCCACCUUCCAAAUCUGGACCUAAUACUAAACGGGUUGGAAACGAGAACUGUUGUAAAUCCUAAAAAUGUGUCACUGAUCAGAUGAAGUUGUAAGGACACGUUUAUUUAAUAUUCGUAGAAGGAGUCUCCAGUGUCAGCACUUUUUUUUUUUUUUUUUUUUUUUUUUAGAAGUACAGUAACGGGAAAACCUUCAGGAGUUUGCUUUUUGCUGUUUCUUAUUAACAUGGAAAAGCGGUUUAUUUAAUUUUUUUUAAAUUAAUAUUCAUAUUAACUUCGAGAUCAGGAAAGGAAGGGGAAAGAAAACCUGGUGAUGGAAUGACUUUCUAGCUAUCAUGGAUGUAAUUGUAAUUUUGUAAUAUUUUAUUUAAACAGGGACGGUGCACAAUAAAAUAUUAACCUUGUAUAAAGCAAGAAGAGAUGAAUUGAACCAGGUUUUAGCAAGUCGCCGUUUUCUGCCCGUAGUCCCUGCGCAGGUAGGUGGCGCAUACAGUGAAUUAAAAUCAGUAACAGAAUUCGCAAAAUUGCAAUGAUAAUUUUAUCAAUAUGCACAUUCGCACAUCCUAAAAGCAAUUAUGCCCCCAAAACCAACAACAACUUUUUAUAAAUAUGUUGUCUAACAUUUACAUUUUCUGGAUUAAAAGUCCAAUACAAUUUUCUCCCAAUUAAAGAGUACUCAUUGGUAAAUUAAUAUGGUAUAAGAGGAUUAAAGUGCGCUCUUUGUGAUGUGCUCUUAUAGGAAAAUAAUCCUAUAUAAUGGCAACCUGUGGGGAAGCUAUGGCCUAACGGUUAGAGAAGCAGCUUAGGGACCAAAAAGUCACUGGUUCAAUUCCCUGGAUCAGCAAUAAUGGCUGAAGUGCCCUUAAAGCAGAACUGAAGGCAGAUUUUUUUAUUUUUAUUAUCAAAAUUCUAUUUCUCUCAUUUUAUUAAAUACCGGAAUGCAUUUCUGAUCGUUAUUUUGUCGCUGCUAUAGCAAGUUCUGAGUGUUUGAAAUAUGCUCUGUAAUAUCAGUCCAUAGGUCAAAGCGACGGGCGUAAACGAGAUUCGCUGAGACCUGUGCGAGACAUCGUAGGACGGAAUUAAAACGUACAGCGGAAAUCAAAGCGACCAACAUCUGCCAACGUUGUCAAAAGACGCGCGCGCCCUCUUUCAAAUGCUGAUGGAAUCAAGCUGGAAGUUUUGUUUGUUUUGAUAGUGAUCAGGAACGUUUGAAAAAAGUAGGCAGUAAUCAUCAUUGAAACUCGUUUUUGUGCAAUACUUCGUUUGGGAAAACAGUUUUCAAAAUGGCGGCACUGACACCUGGCUGACACGUCACGUUUCGAAGUCUCGCACAAGUCUCGUGAAGAUCGCGCGGAUAAGUGCCGCCUGCUGUGGACCAAACGAACUAAAUUCAACACGGCUAAAAACCGAAUAGGCCGAUAAGUAUAAUAUUUAAUUGCAAUUAGUUGCCAAUACGAGUCAUGAUAUAAGGUUACUAAAACCGAAAACGGAAUUGAAGAACACGUUAAUUAAGAAAUAAAGCAAGUUUAAAAAUGACUUCAGUUCCCCUUUAAGCAAAACAACCUGCUCCCCAGGUUACUCUGGGAAUGCUGUGGAGAAGAACAUCUGCUAAAUGCCAGUAAUGUAAUAUGUAACGCAGGUCCAGAGCUUCACAUCAAGUCACACCACCACGCCAUUGAGUAUUGUAGGAGUAAAAAACAGUAGGAUGUUCUGUGAUGAUACAAAAUCUACACUUGUAUUAAUUGAUGUUGUGACCAUUAUGAAGUAAUGCUUUAAUACAGAAGAAGAAGAAACCUUUAUUUAUCUCACACAUGCUCGAGCACAGUGAAAUUCCUCCUCUGCAUUUAACCACGUGCUACAGCGCCCAGGGUGCCUUGCUUAAAGGCACUUCAGCCCAACCUCAGGCCAUGGCUGCCCCAUGUUAGCCUAACCUGCAUGUCUUUGGACUGUGGAGGAAAACCGCACAGACACGGGGAGAACAUGCAAACUCCACACAGAAAGGCCCCCGUCAGCCGCUGGGCUCGAACCCAGAACCUUCUUGCAGUGAGGUGACCGUGCGAACCACUACACCACCGUGCUGCUUUAAUACAGUGUGUUGUAGCUGGUUAUUUGACAAAAUUGAAGCAAGGCUGAAUGACGGGGGCCAAUAUUUACAGCUAGUGAUCAGAGUUCAGCUGAUUGUCACGUUGCGUGACCUUUAAUUGAAUCCCAGACCACCUUUCAAAUCAACGAGGUAUUUUUUUUCAUACUACUAAUAAUAAUAAUAAAGCCUAAAGUAUAGUCAAGAAUUUUGAGCAGAAGUUAGCUAAAGCCUAGGUCACAACCGGACGUACGAUUUUUUGGCCAUGCGAGUUUUGGCGUUUCCCAAAUCGCUGCGUUUUUUUUUUGUUCAUGGAGAAAGACGCACGUUGGCCGUAAGUUUGUCUUGCAACCUGAAAAAAACGUAAGCGCCCGUAGAGUUUGUUUGACAUGACAAAGAACCUCUGCGGCCAGUCUACGGCUCAAAAAUCAGCACGUCACACACGCACCCUCCUUGCGUUUUUUUGCACGUAGACCGGCCGUAGGAGCACGUACGGCCGGUUGUGACUGAGGCUUAAAGCUAGCAAAGUUCAAGCAAGCAUGAUUGACAGGAAAGUGGAGACGCCUGCUUGUCUUGAUUGAUUAGAUGUUGGUGGUUCGCAUCCAUUUAACGAACCUGGACUGGAGUGCUGACAAACACUGGAGUUUCUCUUCUCAGCAGAUAUUUUAUUGAAGCGGCUAAAUUAUAAAGAGAACGUCACCGAAUAUUACGGAAGAUUCUCCCAAAAUAAAAUCCUUGACAGCACCUUUAAAGCUAAAGUUAGUUCCCAGAACCUUAAUGUUGAGUCACCAGUGAGUCAUUACACAACACUAGUGACCACCUUCCACUGAUAUUGUGUGAUAUAUAUGAAAUGUACAAAUGAUUAUCCAACAAAAAAAAUCCGAACUAGGCCAUGUAAAUGAGCCAUGUAAAUGAUUUUGAGUCAGGAUGACGCAGGCGUGGUUCUGUAUUAAAUACUCCUUCACUCAGACUCGGAUCAGGAAUCGGAUCGUUAAUAAUUCUGUCUUUCUGGCUGCCGUCAUUCCUGUAGGUGGUGCACGAGCGAGUGUGUUUUGUAUCAAACGUGAUUGUAAUUCACGCUGAUUGUUUGUUUGUUUCCCAGAGAUUCUUUGUGCAAAAUCCUUUAAUGGUGAACUUGUUGUUUAAUAAGAACUUUCCCGGAUGCACACAUCCCUGGUUUUAUUAUUUUAUUAUAUAUGUAUGGAAUAUUUGAUGCUGUUAAGUGCAAAAAGGGAACACGGAGGAUGUAAAAUGCUGCUGCCAAAAAAAAAGUCAGCUGUUACAUUUUAUAUACAUUUGUGUGCGCGUUUUGAUGUAAUUGUCAAGUAUGAUCACUUUUAACCAAUGUCACCUGUUUCAGCGCGGCAGCAUUUUAAGAGAUGCAUUUCAUUCCGUUUCAUUUCCAGUAACCCUUCCGUCAUGUUGGUGUCGUCUCUCGUGCUCUGAUUGUGGACUGUGUGUAUAUUUUCUCUCUCUCUCUCUCUCUCUCUCUCGAUGUGUGGUGUUGAGUGUGUUAUGAUGCCUGGCUGUAUCUGGCCCCGUGUUUGGUGUGACGUGAAGGUUUGUUGUGUGGAUCACACGAACAACAGACUUCUUGCAAAGUUAAUUGUAGUUUUGUUCUUUCCACUUCAGCCCAAGAGCCUGGUUUACUAAAGCAGUUAGCAGAAAAAAAAAAAAAAAGUGAUCGAGACUGGUGUAUCUCAGGCUACGUUCACACUGCAGGCUGAAGUGACUCAAAUCCGAUCUUUUCGCCCAUAUGUGACCUGUAUCCGAUCUUUUAUUGACAAUAUGAACGACACAGAUCCGAUUUUUUCAAAUCCGACCCAGGCCGUUUGGAUAUGUGGUCCUAAUUCCGAUUCCUAUCCGCUCUUUUCAUAUGCGACUUCAGUCUGAACCGCCAGGUCGCAUUCAUCCGACUUGCACGUCAUCAACAAGCCACAAAGGUCACUAUUCUGCGCUGAAGUAGGCGGCGGGUCUCUCAAAAAAAGUUACAACAACAUGGCGCAUAAUCACGGGCGCAGAUAGAGGGUGGGACUCGUCCCACCCAGAUUUAAAUUCACUUCGUUCGGUCCCCCCCACUUUGCAUAAGGCAAACCUCACGGAAAAAUCAAAAGACUAAUUACCAUUCGGUUUAUUGAGGUGCACGGCAGUACAUACAUAGUUGCAACAACUCACAUAAAACCAAACAAAGACUGAUAUUCGGUUGGUUGAGCUGCGCAGACUGCACAGGUUGCGAGCUCGAGCUUGGUUGCUAUGGUAACCCACAACAAGUUUGACAGGCAUAUCGGGGUUGGGGUUGGUUUGCUGGCAGCUUUGUCCCCCUCAGUUUUUUGUCCCCCCCAGUUCAAAAAACGUAUCUGCGCCCCUGCGCAUGACAUCAAUGCGAGGGACGCUUCGGGCUGUGAAGUUUCUGAAUCUUCUCAAUGGAAGGACGCAGAGGUUAGGGAGCUGAUUUCCAUUUGGGGGGAUGCAGCUAUUCAAGCUGGAUUGGAUGAGUCAUACCGCAACCGGGCGGUUUUACUUCCGUAAACACUGGCCAUGCUCACUGCGUGUGACGUCGUCGUAUCCUGCAAUGCGCAUGCGGAACACUUUUAGGUCGCUUUUCGUUCAUACUGAGGAUCACAUACAAGUCGCAUAUAUUUGUUAAUGUGAACGACCUCACAAAAAAAUCGGAUUUCACAAAAAAAUCGGAAUUGAGCAUUAAGCCUUGCAGUGUGAACGUAGCGUCAGUCACUGAUCAUGAAAACUGCAUGUGUGCUUUAGUAAAGAAGGCCCUGGGUGUGUCAGCCUGAUAUCGAAAGAAUAUUCUUCUUGAAUUCCACAAGCAUUGGUGUUUUCUGGUCUUUGGCUCGCGCUAAACCUCAAGGCACAGUGAGGCAGUAGAUUAGCACUUCACUAUAGAAGCUGAGCUUGUGGAUUUAAAAAAGUUUUUUGGUUUUUUUUGCACGUCAUAGUUUGUUUUAGCAAUCCUCAGCCACUUGCCUAUACAAUCUCAACAGUGCUUGUACAUAUAUUAAGAAGUGCUUGUAAUAUGAACCGGAGUUCUUUUAUUGUUAUUUUUUUUUAUUCAACAUGUUUUUGUAGUAACUGCCUUUUCAUGAUUUCAGUUGUCGAUGGGGUAAUGUGUGGGAUAAAAUGAAAGUGUUCAUUUUUUAAAAUAAAAACACACCUUAUUUGUA